UUGAAGACUGAUAUUUCUGAAGUAUACAUAUCUAUGUUUAUGGGUCAUUAUAUACAAGUUGUGAUUCUUUUAAUUGUCCAGUUAUUUUAAAUAGUAGGGAAAAAUAUGGUAUCAUUAGUCAUCUUAAACAUCAAAUCAAAAUAUAAAUAAAAGUACAAAUUUAAAAGCGUUAAUGAAGUCCGUGUCCUCACCCCGUGUUACCUAGACGCUUUGCCCAUAGUCAAUAUGGCGGCCAUCAGCUUUACAGCUUGCUGAAGCCAUUUCGCCCUCAGUGUGCGUUUGACCUCUGACCCCACACAAACGUGCCAUCAUGCCAGCCCAGUCCGCCAUAUUGACUGUUGUCUUUUGCCUUGAGAAGAAGAUAAGCGAGAACAUUUACGCCGCUUGGAAAAGAAAAACAAUUCUUUAAAAGCCGAAACCGUGUUUCCGUCGAGCUCCGUAAAGUCUGUGCCAAGGGGAAUUUAUCGAGAUGGCUAGGAAGAAGAGCAAGCAGGCUGGAGUUGGGAAUAAAGAGCAGAGUUUGUCGAAGAGCCCCGGCGGAGGAGGAGAUGCAGGAGCAGCAGCUGCAGCCAGGAGCACUCAGUCGGUGCACACGUGCUGCUUGCUCUGCCAUCGGGAGUUUAAAGACUGGGGCUCAGGCCUGGCCAACGGGCUCCCGGGCCAAGGCUCCAAGCUGGCGGAUGCCGUCCCCGCGCUCUCGCAGGCCCUGCUGAGGGAGGCACCCGGGCGCAAGCUGGCGGACGCAGUGCCUUCGCUGUCGCAGUCGCUGCUGGGCGAAGUGCCGCUGUGGAUCUGCCACAGCUGCCGCAAGAGCGUGGAGGAGGAGGAGCGGAGGGCGGUGCAGGAGCAGAGCGUGCCGGCGUCGCUGUCCCACUCGUCCUCGUGUAAGUCGCAGAAUUGUGGGAACGGUUACCCAGAGCAAAACUCGGUGGACUGGGAUCCCAGCUCCUUCCUGUCGGCCCGUAAGCUCUCGGGUCUUUGGAACUCGACACACACAAACACAGGAGGUCACUGCACCCACGGCAAUGCUACUCACUCUCAGCAAGGAGGAACGGCAGGACCAACCUGUCACGAUAAACGAUCGUCUCACGAGGCGUCCGGGACCAAGGCGUGUCCCUACAGUCACCCAGCGUCCCCCAGUGCCACAUCCACCGCUACGCCACUCUCUACCUCUGCUGAGCUCUGCAAGACCUCGGCCAAGCACUUCAAAACCAUGUGUAGGAGACCAACUCCUCCAGGUGAAGCGUUUCACCCGAACGAGCAGCACCAGCCGUCGGCAGAUCUGUCCGUUCCACCCAACAGCCCGACGGGUCUCUGUUCUUCCCAGAAUUCAUCUCUUCUGCCCCCCUCCACUAAACCCACAUCCAAUCAGCACGCUCCGUUCACUCCGCUAGCACCAAACCUCGGCGCCAAGCACUCGGGCGGGCAGGACAAACCCAGCACCUGCAAAAACGCCAAACUGAGCUCCUCCAUGAUGGGCUGCAAUCACCCGUGUAACGGACACAACACCAACGGCGCCGCCGCAGCCUCCACUAACGCAGCUCAUUUAACAGCCAGCACGUGCAGGGACCAGGCGUGUAAAGGGCACAAGCUGGUGAACGGUUCGUCGUUGUGCCAGCAGGCGGCGUGCGAGGGGGACGACGUGGAGGACGAGGACAGCGGGUCCGAGCGCAGCUCCUGUGCCUCCUCCUCUACGAACCUACGCGACGGCAAAUACUGCGACUGCUGCUACUGCGAGUUCUUCGGACAUAACGCGCCCCCUGCAGCUCCCACGAGCCGGAACUAUGCGGAGAUCCGAGAGAAACUCCGCUCGAGGCUGACACGUCGUAAAGAGGAGCUGCCUCAGAGGCAAGACCUGGACCCAGCUUUAACGAACCCCAUAGAUCACCGGGACGUCGACGAGCUCCUCCACUUCAUCAACUCCACAGAGCCCAAAAGGGUCAACAGCGCCAAGGCUGCCAAACGUGCUCGCCACAAACAGAAGAAGAAGGAGAAGGAGCGUGCGCAACAAGCAUGCAGCGAGCAGCGUUUGUCCUCUUCUCCUCAGCCAGAGGCGAUGGAGGAAGUGGAGGAGGAGGAGGAGGAGCGUGCUCCAGACGGCGAGGCUGGUCGGCUACUCGAGUGGCCUCAGCUGGAGCUGGAGCGUGUCAACAGCUUCCUAACAUCUCGCCUCGAGGAGAUCAAGAACACCAUCAAGGACUCCAUCCGUGCCUCGUUCAGCAUGUACGACCUCAACCUCGACGUCAGCGACUUCCCCAAAAAAGCCGCUUCGCUAGAGGGUCAGCGCCUGCUGCCUCACAUCAAUGGUUCAGUGCCCGAACCGCAGCAGAUCGACCUGGACCUCGCGCCGCUCUCGUUCAAAAACUUUAAAAAGAGUGUGAAGAUUCUCCAAGGCCUGACCAGUGAGAAUAACAACAGCAGCCCCCCUCCCACCAAUCCCACCACCCCCACCCCCACAAACAAUAAUAACACCACCAUAAACGCCGCUCCUGCCCCUAACGACGCGCCCAAAUCCAAAGACGAGACCAAGAACACCACGGGCAACACCGCCAAAACAAAGAAGGGCAAGAAAAACCAGAGGCAGGAGCAGGCGUCCCAGGAGCAGCAGGUUAACUCCAAACCAGCUAAAGUGACAUCUGGAAAUCAGGAGAAAAGCAACGAGGCAGAGAAAGGAGCCAAGGGAGGCUGCAGAGGAGCCCAGCAACACGGAGAGAGUCAGAAAACAGUCAGCAAAAAAGUAGAGGAAAACAAGCAAACUUCCAAACACAUAGGGAAUGCAGCCUCGAAUGGGAACCAUCACUCGGGUCUCAACACGCAGAGGGGGAAGAACGACAGCGAUACGAGAAGCAACAAAUCGGAGCAAGAAGCAGACGGGAAAAGCAACACAAACCACCUAGUCAGCUCUCAGAACUCACAGCACCAACAACAGUCCAAAGGAAAGAACAAGAAGAACAAGAGCAAGACGGAAAAGUCCAGUAGUGCUAUCGACGACGUGUUCCUCCCCAAAGACCUCGAUCCGACGGAGAUGGACGAAAUCGAUCGUGAGGUUGAAUACUUUAAGAGGUUUUGCCUCGAUUCAGCUAAACAGACGCGACAGAAGGUGGCUGUGAACUGGUCCAACUUCAGCCUGAAAAAGAUGCCAUCGAACGCAGCGCAGUAAUGCAGCAUACACACACCACACACACACAAACCACACACACGCCUGGAUGAUGGUAACCGGAGAACCCCCCCAACUUCCCAAUAGGACUCAACUCUCUCGACCAUCUGAUUGGUCGCUCUAGUCUGUAGCCACUGUACUCCAGAUUUGAUCGGCUGGAGGUCGCCGUCUGUCUCCGCCCCUUUCUCAGUACGCCACGGGACCUCGUCACGCAGUCUGUAAUCGUCCACCGGAGAAUUUUUACUGUAUCUCUUAAGUAGAGCGGGAUCACUCGCAGGAAACCUCAUUGCUUCAUUUUGUAGUGUGUAAAUAAUGAUUUUACAAUAAAAAAAGGUUUUAAACCCCAAACCAUGGCACACAUCGGCCCGUCAGCCCACAAUGUCUAUUUAUUUAUUCUUUUCUUCCAAAAGGUACUUUUUAUUCUGACCUGUGCUUAUCGACAAACACCGCAGAUACUGACAAGACGACAGAAAAAUGACAUUGGACAGAACUAUCAUGAGCAUGUGCUUGAUUAAUAACACACACCUUCUGGACUUGACCGUAUCAGACGUCUCAGUAGGAGCGUUACCUAAUGCCUGUUAUAUUUAUUUCUCAACAUACAUCAUUUGUUCUUGUUCACUGUUCGCAGUCGUUUAUUUUUAAAUGAGUCGGAUAUGAUUUGCGUGCUAUAAUAGCUGUAUGAUCUCACGACAACUCCCGCUGAUUUUUAAGGCAGCAACGUUUGCGCUUUAGGCGAAGCAUUUUAACACUUUAUGAUCUCUUUCAUUGUGAGAUGCCUGAAAACUGCCAAACAUUCAGUAAAAAUCAAGGGAAAAGGACUAGAAAAAUUCUCGUGAACCAAUAGAAAUCAAGUAGACUGUAGUUUUACUGGUUAGAAAAAUACAACAUUUUGAAGUGCUGCUUUAUUAUGAAAUAGCUCUCAGACCAGAUUUUUUCUCAUCCACCAUUAUGUGCUAAAACACUGCUUUAUUUUUCUGCCUGUGAGCAGUCCCUCUGAGACGUGUGAUAAAUACAAGCCCGGGGACGUCAAGUACUGUAGUAAAAAAUAAAAUAAAAUAAAAACACAGGUUACAGUGUGGGACCAUGUGAAACAUAUUUUUGCCCUUAUUGAGUAUAAUUUUGGACGAAUUAAUUUAAAAAAAAAAAAAUCAUGAAUAAACAAAAACACUAAUAUACAUAUACAGCAAUGUUGUAUCUAAUACCUGUGUUUAACACUUCUGACUCAUCACGUGAAAUCCUCAAUCGAAAAGGGAAAUCAGAUGGACGGGACUUCCCUUGCACCCUUGCAUGCCGAUCCCCAAACUGACAGUCGGGUUCCAGAUGAGCACUGACCGUUAGAAGAGUUCUCCGAGUUCAGUCUUGUCUUUGUGCUCCUGAGAAUGUUCUUCUGUAGCUGUCCGGCUGCGUGCCGGUCGCUCAGCCUCCCUCCCUCUCUCUCUCUCUCUCUCUCUCUCUCUGUCUCUCUCUCUCUGUAGUCGCUGCUUGUUGUAGUUUGGCUUAGACCGAAUUCAGAUGGAAAAAAAAAAUCCUGUCCUGGUGUUUUCUGUGUCACGUUUGGUAUCGAGGACCUAUUUUAUUUUUUUUUAAGUCCUGUUCAUGAUCUUCAGCACCAUGGUACAACACUGAAGCCUGAUUAUCGCUCUGCACGUGUAUGUGUCGCCACCUUCAUCCCCCGAGUAGACGAAUCUUAACUAACUGAUCUGUUGGGACCUGGGAAAUAAGAUCGCACCAUCUCUCUUUCCUCGCUUGGCUUUUGAAGGGUUGAGAUGAAACACACGAUGGGUUUUUAAAUGGGUUUGAGCUGUUGUUUUGUUUUGUUUUGUUUUUUCUUUCCUAUUCUACAUCUCUGACACUAUCCAGGUUAUAUCGAACUAGAAGACAUUAUUUUAAACGUUUUGGAAUGUAGAUUUAUACUAUACCAUUAAAGGCCAAGUGUAUGUUGGCGUUUUUUUUGUUUUG